UCUCCGGCCAGCCAGGCUUAUCCAGUCCACAACUCCUUUCUCCAGAGGGAAUAAAUAUGGGAGAGAAACUAACACCUAACUUGGUGAAGAAGGAGCCUGAGUUGAGAAUGCCACUUCACUUGGCCUGCCUCCUCCUCUGUCUCUGCUUGCUUCACCUCCCUCACGGCUCCACGCCUCAAAUUAUCGGGGGUGUUCCUGUUUUGUCAGGCCCACCAAGGAAAUGUGGGACCGAAGAAUUCUUCAAUAUUGAGACGGGCCAGUGUGGCUCCUGCGCCCAGAAACAGACACAGAGCCCUGACGGCUUGGAGUGCGUUUGUGUAGCUGGACUGAAUGAGACAAAUAAGCAGCCAUCACCUCUCGACUGCCGUGGCUGUAGUAACCUGCCACCCAACACACUCUGGGAAUCCAUGUUCCUUGAUGACAGUUUCCUGAGUUGCAACAACACCUGCAAUGUGACGGCCUGCCAAAUUCUCACAAACAUGGUCAUUUUGGAAGCCUUCUCUUUACAAAACCGGGCCUAUGAUCUCUAUAUGAAGACCAAAAGCCAAGAUCUUCCAAAGCUGUGGUACGGUAAUCAUGGAGGAACUUCCCCUCAGAUGGUUUUUGGGAAGACUUCAAAGAUUGACUUUAAGGUCAUAAAGUACAAUGUGCUUGGAAAGUUCUUAGGCUGGGAAGAUGUGAGAGGAGCGACGUUGCAAGUGAGUCAGUUUCUUUCUGUUCUCGGCAACAUUGCUGUUUUUGCUGCAGUUCCAAUGGAAUGUCAGCUUAGAAGAGAGCUCUGCCCAGACAGACAGAGUGUCAUGGAUGCUGCCUUUGUGUUUGGAACAUCAUACAGCCAGUCUUGUACCCUUGACGUCUCGGCCCUACUGCAAGGUGUCCCUGAACCUGUCUUUUAUGAGAUGUUCUUACAGUUUGAGGAUGAAGAAGGACAUGCCCGACUGUGGCCGGUCCCUGUAGAGAAUCCAGCAAUACGCACAAACAACCAAGCAUCCCAUCUCCGAAGAUUCUUUCUGGUUGACGGGCUCUCUGGCAGAAAAGUAAACCUGACAAAUGUCCCAGCAACUGUUACAUUUGCAGCAGAAUUGAUCCUCAGUGUAUACCUGCCAACCGGGACUCCUGGAGGAGACAACCCCCCUUUCCUGCUGACAGUGAAAUAUUCAACGCGGAGCAGCACUGGAGUCGCUCAGGUGUCAUUUUCAGUCUCUUAUAUCCAGGAUCCUGGAACGGCUCAGCAAGCUACAGAUAUUGCAUUUGGAGCCCUGGGAUUCCUUGCAAUCAUCUAUGCCUUGCUAGAGACCAGCACUUGGACCCGGCGAUCUCGACUUCCAAACAUAAGCUUUAUGGUCAUAGUGAAAUUCUUUGCCAACUUCAGCGGAUCUCUAGCAAAUGUCUUUUUCAUGGUCAGCCUUGGAAUUGGCAUUUAUUGGCUCAUAGUUUUCAAGUCCUUCUUCCAGGGUCAGCAAUUUUCUGCAGUUGAGAGGACACUGCCCACUGCUGGGAGCCAAAUAGAGACCAACUUUAUCAUUUACUUGUUGUCUGCUCUUGUGUUAAAGAGCUUGGACCUCAUACAUAUUCUGAUAACCCAGUUAACAGUUUCUAUCUUCCUGAUAGACUGGGAGAAGCCAAAGGAGAGAGGAACAGCAAAAGCAUCUAUGGGAUAUCAGAAGGCUACUUCCUCUGUGAGUGCCUGGAGAACUUUUCUGAUCGCUAAUGAGUGGAACGAGAUCCAGACCCACAGAAAAGUGAACCCUACACUCCAGUUGUUUGCCGUCUUGCUGCUACUGGAGGUGGUGGGGCUUAAAAAUCUCACAUCAAGAGACCUGAAUGUGAAUCUGCACCCGGGACCAAAUGCCUAUCAUGCUCUUUGGAGCCCAAUUCUUCGCUUUGGGAUUGCUGCUUCUGUUUGGCUGGCAGUGGGGAUUGCACAGGUGCUGUUUUCUGUUGGGUUAUAUGAGCGGUUUGUAGAGGACAAGAUUCACCAGUUUGUUGAUCUUUGUUCCCUGAGCAAUGUGUCAGUGUUCAUUUUGACACACAGAUGUUAUGGCUUCUACAUCCAUGGGAGAAGUGUCCAUGGACAAGCAGAUGUGGGCAUGGACACCAUGCUCACCUAUAUCAGGAAGGAGGAGGAGAACCUCUGUGCUCUGAGAGGCCUGGAGGCCUACUCUGAUGUGCAAACAUUUGAGGUGCUUCUUACUGACAGGACUCGAGCAUUCUAUGACAGAAUAACUCUAUCUUUCAUGGAGGUUCCCAGAGGAGCCCACAUCCGACCUGACCUUCACAAACAGAGACUAAAUGGCUACUUUGCCUUGAACCGCUUUCUGGUCUCCUUUUUUGAACAUAGAUACAAAGAUAUGGACUACAUGGUGAAGGACAAAUUUUUCCUGGAGCAGAUCAUGGACAUGGAAUUCCAGGAACCAGGGGACAUUUCCACUCUCUAUAAUGAUGACCGUGCUUUAUUUAGCAGAACACUUUUCUACAGUCACGAACUGGUGCUGCUGCUCUUUGAAAUCCUUGUCUUCUCUGCUGUAGAUUUGGCAGCACAGGAUUUUGUAUUGUCAACAAUUGUGACCUUUGUCGUGCAAAAGUUUGUGAAGAUGCUUCGCGACACACUUGGAAGGAGGAACCUGGCUGAGAAAACCUUGGUGGAGAAGCAAUUCCUAAUCUAGAACUGAACAACAAGCUGUUAAUAUUGAAUCUACAUUCCCUAGCUGUGGGGUUGCAGCUGCUAAUUGAAGAUGUAGUGAAACAUUUAGGACACCUUAUCUGUUCAGCCCCAGAACUGUGGAAUGCACGUCUUUCAUAUGAAUUACAGAACUUUGCCCAGGGAAUCUGUUCUUGCUGUCAAAGUUCAGUGCCAAAGCAUGUGAAGUAGCAUAAGUGCCUUUGAGCAUUGGCCAUGCAUCUUUCCCAAAGUAGCAAUGAAGUGACAGUAAAUCCUCACAUACCUAUUUUAAGUUGUAUGGCUUUCCAGCACACAUGGGCCUUAGCACUUCUUGGCUUGAAAUUUUCAGCACUAGCGGGUGUGAAUUGGUAAAAAAGCAAAAUGAAACAAAACACCAAUACUGUGCUCCUGCAUGUUCCAACAGGACAGAAACAAUCACAGACCAUGGGCUCUGCAGUCAGUUGCUGAACAGAAAGUAGUGGUUGGUCUGCAGCUGAGUGGCUUAAACAUGACUCAUGGGCUGCAUAUAAUAGUUUUUUGUGGCUCAACACCUACAACAUUGAUUAUUUAAAAACAAAUUUAAAAAAAUGACUGCUCCCAUGGAUCCCUUGCUCUGAUUCUAUGAGGCUAACAGUUGCUUUUCUUAUCUUACUCGCUCUGCAAUGUUUUUGCAAUGUUUUCCUUCUUCAUCUUAGUAGUAGUAUUAGAAGUAUAUUGACUUUUACACUUUGGUCACACAUUCUGGCAUGCAGCCCCUGAAGGACUGACCAUGUGUUGAUGCAGCCCUUGGUAUGAAAAAGUUUAGCCACAACUGGAAGAGGUACUGUUCUUUUGUGUGAGAGAGCAUUAAAUUACACUUCUAAGCACAUAUGGCUGGCCAGUCUAAAGGCCUCUUGCUACCAGCCAAUCUCAGGUGCCUGGGUUUACACAACACCAUUCUCUUCUGUGUCUAAAGGGUAGUAUCUAAAAUGGUGUCCCAGGCAAGGAAUAUCUUCAGCUCUCCUCCUCCAAUUAAGUCAGUGUUUUAAUACAUUGAGUUUUCCCGGCUGCAACAAAACAUGACUCUCCCACAUCAGUCUCUACAGCCAAAGCAGGCAGUGUGACCUUCCAAUGGUUUGACUUCACCCUCAAAGGCACACUCCUCCAUUGUAUCCUGAGAUAGACGGAUGCCAACAACAACACACUGAGUUUUUAAAAUCCACGUUAUUUAGCGCAUUUCACGAUUUAUACGUUGUAAUGAGC